AUGGGUGACCUACCUGCCUCUCGGGUUACACCCUCAAGGCCAUUUCAGUCUACAAGAGUAGACUACGCCGGACCCUUUUGUGCGCGAGUGCAUCAUCUUAAAGCUCUUAGACAAAUAAAAGUCUAUUUGUGUAUUUUUAUAUGCAUGGUAACCAAGGCUGUGCACAUUGAGUUAGUGACAGAUUUAACCACCGAAGGUUUUUUAGCAGCAUUAACCCGUUUUGUAUCACGACGCGGUCUGUGCUCAACAAUCUAUUCAGACUGCGGAACUAACUUCAUUGGUGCAGAAUCAUCUUUGAAAAAAAUAUUAAGUGAAACCGUGAAAGCCUCAACGGCUAUGGACAAAAUUUCACAUUUUGCGAGUUUAAAGGGCAUAGACUUUCGUUUUAAUCCUCCAGCUGCCCCUCAUCAAGGCGGACUCUGGGAAAGUGCCGUAAAAAGUGCUAAACACCAUCUCCGGAGAGUAAUGGGAGAAACAAUCUUAACUCUUCCUGAAUUCAUGACGUUAACGGUUCAGGUUGAAGCCAUGCUUAACUCAAGGCCGUUAACUCCACUCAGCGCUGAUCCAUCAGACCUAUCAGCCUUGACUCCAGGUCAUUUUUUGAUUGGGACUCCGCUUGCCGCUCUACCGGAAGCUGACCACCACAACACUCCGACCAACAGACUACGCCAUUGGCACUUGGUACAAGCCUUCCAUCAGAGGAUUUGGAAGCGAUGGCAUCUAGAAUAUCUUCAUUCGCUGCAGCAGCGCUCCAAGUGGACAUCACCACAGCCUAACAUACAAGUGGGCGACCUAGUGCUCAUCCAAGCUCCGUCACCAUAUUUAACCUGGCCAAUGGGACGUGUCAUCAAAACGCAUCCUGGUGCAGAUGGAAUAGUGAGAGUGAUCACCUUAAAAACAAUUAAUGGUGUUCUCACUAGACCAGUUGUCAAGGUCUUUCCACUUCCUAUGGAAUGA